UGGUGUAGGAAGGUGUCUUUACUCUGAAGUACGAGAAGUAAAAACAGCUCGCGCUCACAGAUGGCAACCGGGAUGGUUGGGAGGUCUGGAAUGGGGGCAGGGAUAUAAACAGGGUCAAAUAUGCCUCUUUCUUCAAAACGCAGUAGAGCCUUUUCUGUCUCUAAAAAGAAUGUGGCUCAAGCCCCACAAUGCACCAGGAAAAUGCCGAUCAUCCCUCUUUGGUUUUGCUUCCUUCUCCCAAGACCAGUUAAACCGGUCUCACUGAAGUCGGGAAAGAGUGUGUGAUCGAAGACCUACGCCUGGGGAAAAAUAAGUUUCACUUUAAAGUAGAGAAACAGACACUAUUGAGAUCAGGGGACAUUUACCGAGCAGGUUUUUAUGGGUAGGUGGAAAUAACCUGAAUGCUUAUUGUUUGCAUGGGAAGACUUGCACUAAGGCUAUCCUGGCAGGAAUAAAACUUCAAAGUAGUCUAAGUUCGGAGGAUUGUUUGCAUCUGCCUUACCUAGAUUUUUUGUACAUUUAAUCUUUGGAAAAAGUGAAUGUUGCAUUACACAUGAAUUUGGAAGUAUAUGCUUUGCAGCAAAAAAAGUGGAUCGAUCAUUGAAAUCAUCUGUCAAAAAAGUACGUCAUGCUUUGCAAGGAUUCUGGAUACCACUGAUUUAUGUUUCUGCUAAUUGAAGUUGCUAUACCAGUGUACUGCUGACAACUGCAAGUGUAUCUAUACUAGGAAGUUACAGACGGGAAGCAGUUAAACCCUCACUGUCAUCCAGGAAUUGUAGUAAAGUUUUGUCAAGCAUGUAACAGACAACCAGAAGCUGUACAUUUUAUGACUGCUUCAUUGAAAUCCAUGAUGGUAUGAUGGGGUUCAGAGCUAAUCCACAAGGGAUGAAAUCCUCUUCUUUAUGACAAAGAACAAAGGUUUCUGUCGGACUGGUACAAAAUCCCAUUCAUUCAGUGUUUAGUCCUUAAAAGCUGUAAGUAGUUUUCACAUUGCUGAUUUUUCUUAGGUUACAUAAAAUGGCUUUAAAAGCAAGAGCACUUUAUAGUUUCCAAAGUGAAAAUAAAGAGGAAAUUAGUAUUCAAGAAAAUGAAGAGCUGCUUGUUUUUGAUGAAAAUUCAUUAGAUGGCUGGUUACAAGGCCAGAAUAGUCGAGGUGAGAGGGGUCUGUUUCCAGCAUCUUAUGUUGAGGUCAUCAGGCCAAGGUCUAGCUCUAAUUUUACAGACAAUUCAGCCAGUCCAGCCAGCUCACCUGGAAAUGACUCUUCUCACCACUUGUCUGUAUCUAGCUAUGGACAGAGUGCAUAUGAGGAUGAUGAUGAUGACGACUGGGAUGACUGGGAUGAUGACUCUACUGUAGUGGAUGAGCCAAGGGGAACAGGGGGAACAAAUGGCCACCCCCACCAACAGUAUCCAUCACAUCUACACCCUAAUGUCCACUACCGCCCAAAGCAAAUAGAAAGGCAGGACAGCAUGACCAGUUCUAAGAGGGGAAGUGUUGUUGGCCGAAACCUGAAUCGAUUCUCUAGUUUUGUUCGCUCUGGUGUGGAGGCAUUUGUUUUGGGAGAUGUUCCAGUCAUGUCCAAGAUUACAGAAAAAUACUCUAUUGAAAUGGGUCCUAAAGGUCCACAGUGGAAGAGUAAUCCUCAGCCUUUUGUAUGCUCCAUUGAGGAUCCUACUAAGCAGACUAAAUUUAAGGGCAUAAAGAGCUACAUCUCUUACAAGGUGACACCUACCAACACCAACAUUUCUGUCUACAGGCGCUACAAGCACUUUGACUGGCUUUAUAACAGAUUGUUACAUAAAUUCACUGUGAUAUCUGUGCCUCAUUUGCCAGAGAAACAAGCUACAGGGCGUUUUGAGGAUGACUUCAUUGAGAAACGUAAACGACGAUUGAUUCUGUGGAUGGACCACAUGACAAAUCAUCCAGUGCUAUCCCAGUAUGAAGGAUUUCAACACUUCUUAACUUGCACUGAUGAGAAAGCAUGGAAACUUGGCAAGCGGCGGGCAGAAAAAGAUGAAAUGAUUGGAGCAUCCUUUCUCUUGACUUUUCAGCUCCCAACUGAACACCAGGACCUUCAGGAUGUGGAAGACCGAGUGGAUGUAUUUAAGACAUUCGGCAAGAAGAUGGAUGACAGUGUCCUACAGUUGACCAAUGUGGCCACUGAACUGGUUCGAAAGCAUGUCGGAGGCUUUAGGAAAGAGUUCCAGAAACUGGGAAAUGCAUUCAAUUCUAUUAGCCAGUCAUUUCAGCUAGACCCUCCUUAUAGCUCAGAUUCAUUGAACAAUGCAAUUGCGCACACAGGGAAAACGUAUGAGACAGUAGGAGAAAUGUUUGCUGAGCAGCCGAAGAAUGAUCUUUAUCAAAUGUUGGAUACACUUUCACUUUACCAAGGUCUACUGUCAAAUUUUCCAGAUAUUAUUCAUCUUCAGAAAGGUGCAUUUGCAAAAGUGAAAGAAAGCCAGCGAAUGAGUGAUGAGGGGAAAAUGGAUCAGGAUGAGACUGAUGGAAUUCGCAGACGAUGCCGUGUUGUUGGCUUUGCCCUUCAAGCAGAAAUGAACCACUUCCAUGAGCGUCGGAUUGCAGACUUUAAGAACAUGAUGCAGUCAUACCUGAAACAGCAGAUUGUCUUCUAUCAGCGAGUGAGCCAACAGUUGGAGCGCACACUACGCAUGUAUGACAAUUUGUAACUGAAAUUUUGUCUGGUUGUUGUCUUGGACUAUAAAAACAUGAGUUGAGACCAAACCGACCUUUCCAUAUUUGGAAACAGUCAAAGCCAUCUCUUGGGAAUUUGGUCCCCAAGUGGAGAUCUUUUUACUGAGAUAUCAGACUUCCUUUUUAGUGGGACUCAUCUUACCUCUUUUUGUUUCUGGUUGGACUGUCACUGUCAUCCUCUCAAAUUAUCAAGGGAAUCCUUUACUUAAGGACACUAGUUUCUGUUUUUUUUUUUUUUAAACGGUUAAGAGAAAUGUCAUAUGAGUCACCUGUCUUUAGUAUAUUCAAACAAGUUUACUUGUGGAAUAGCAAGGAAUUGUACUAAUUCUUAAUUAAAAAAAAAAUAAACAACAAUGACAGUCUUGAUGGGCCCUGUGAAGGAAAGGGUUCCACAUACAUUUUUCACCAUCUGAGCUAUGGCAGUAAUUUCCAUUGCACUCCACUGGUGUUAUAGAUUGAGGAAUGUACGCAUCCAGGUUUGUGUGUUUUCAGGUCAGAUGAUAUAGGCAUGAACAAGAAGUCUUUGUGAACUUGUUUGGUAAAAAGAAUGUUAUACCCUAAUCUUAUACAGAAAUGUAGGGGUCCCCGUGGGAAAAGGUUUGGGGUUAAAUAGAAACUGUUGCACCUGAAACCAUCCAACGUUAUGAUCAUUUUUAGAUGCCAUUACCCAUAAUUCUGCUGCUCUUUAUGUUUUUUACAUUGUUUAGGUUUUAUGUUUGUUUACAUUUUUUUUCUCACGAGUAAAUCACACUCCUUUGCAUAUCUGAGAUAUAAUGAUUAUUUCCACAGUAUCACAUGUGUCUGAUCAGCAUUAGAGAAGGUUUUAAAUUAGGAACUUUAUGGUGUUUACUUGUAACUGUGGCAUUAAUGAUCUCUUAAUGUUUAAGUAAAACUACUGUAAAUGAAGAUUUCUUGUUUUGGUAGAACUGUAACCUUCUAGUGCCUUUGCACUUUGAUCUUUUCUUCUGUUUUGCCUCUAUGAUGAUUGCUUGACGCCUAGAAUGUUUACUGAAAUGGUUCUCUAACAAGCUUUAGCAUGUAGACCUGGCUUUUGACCUGAACAGUCUGUCUACCUGCAUAUUUGUUAAUUCAGCAAAUGACAUAUAUAGGUCAGAGCUCUCAGCCAACUCCAACAGAUUUGCACCUGUAGGAUCUUAACCUAGUUAGACAAAUGAAUAAAUGCAUAAAAUAUUACUUUA